CCUAAGCAUGUUGUUAUUAAAUUACUCUAACAUUCUUCAUCAGAAUCUUCCACCACUGAACAUCUUUUUCUUUUCAACACCACAAGUUUUCCCGCUCUUGGAAAGAAAACCAGUUACCAUAUAUAUAUAUACUUACAACACUUACAGCAUCACAGUUCACAGAUUUUCCAAGUUCAUCCACCAUGGGAAACUGUUUAUUGGGAGGCAUGUCAGAUCCUGAAGUAAUGAUCAAAGUCACAACAUCUGAUGGUGGAAUCAUGGAAUUCUAUGCUCCAAUUACUGUGAGUUUCAUCACCAAUGAAUUCCCGGGGCAUGGCAUAUUCCUAAGUCAUGAACUCUUCUGCAAACCACUUAGCCAAUUUGAUGAGUUGGUGGCUGGACAGUCAUACCACCUUCUGCCACUCAACAACCAACCGGAACACCCUCCGGCCACCGUCAGCGAAGACAACUGCGCCGCCAUUCGACAAGGGCAUGUUCGUUCUCAUAGUGUUCCUACUACCCCCUACCCUCCUCCUUACAGAAUGUCCUUGGACUACCAACACCACCAAGGAAUGAGGUUUCUCAACAAAACUUCUAUAGAACCUUUCUCUUGUAGGACUAGUACUAGUAAUAGUACCAGUAAAUGCAGCAUUGUUACUAGCGCUGGCAGUAAAAGUAGCAGGUUUUGGAAAGUGAAGUUGGUGAUAACUCCUCAAAAGUUGAUGGAUAUUUUGUCACAAGAGGCUAGAACCAAGGAGUUGAUAGAGAGUGUUAGGAUUGUAGCCAAAUGUGGGGUUUCUGCAGGUGGCAUUUUACCUGCAUCUGCUGCAGCAAGCAUAGUGUCUGAUCAGUGGAGCCUCUCCAGCAGUGGUAGGAGUGCUUGUGAUUCCUCUAAGAUUGAUGCAUUGGUGGUUGACAUUUAGUAUAAUGCAUGAAAAGAUAUGCAACCAAGUUUCACUCUUUCUUUGUCUUUACACUUGUAUUUUUGGUUACUUAGCUCCCCUUUGUCACUGUCAUAUGUUUCUCUGUUGAUUUUGUAUCCUUGUAAAAGUUCAGUUUAGAGACGUUCUGUCAUAUGAUAUUGUAUAGUGUCUGUGAAGUUGUUGUGUACUUGUGGUGGUGGCAUGUCCAAGGCACAAAUGUGUGAACCUUUUGCUUUUUUUUUUCACUGUUUGGAAGAUUGCCAAAUCAAGCAGAAUUUUGCUACAGAAAUUGAGGACUGAGUGCCAACUGAUAUAGUGUAUAGCUAUUCAAGUUAAACUUCUGCAGAAAUGCUGCUUAGAUUUGAAACUAAAAAUGAUUAAGUGAUA